UUCUUGAGUCUGGUUUCACAGUAAAGUCACCAAUGACUCCUCUCCAGCCAACUGUUAUGUGAUGGAUUUGGGAAGUAGGGUGGCUGAGAGAGAGAGAGAGAGAGUGGGAGAAACAAGGAGAGGGAGGGAGAGAGAGACUUUUGCACAGCUUGCCUACCUUGUUAUUCCUGUGCCCGCUCCAGCAUGCAUGUCUGCCUAUCUGUUAUUUUGUGGCUUCCUGUGUGAAUGCACAUCACACUUCGAUCUCUCAUCUAGCAGCUCACUGAGAGGACACAGCAGCCAACCUUCAUUCUGGAGGGAAAGGCCCCAGUCGAGCCCACCAGGGGGGAAGGGGGAGGCAGGGAGGCCCUCAGCCCCAUCCCUGCUGCUCUGCCACUGACUCAGGCAGAAAGCCCUGGACGCUGGCAGAGUGAGAGCCUGCUAGCAGAGUCCUGGUCCACAAUGGGUGAUGUAGACCCUGAGGACACCAAGAGCCUCGACAGCAGUGAUGGGGCAGUGCUGACAGGGGAGGAGAACCACUCCUCCAAUUCUGACAUGGUCCACCUGGAGCGGGAGGAGGCUGAGAUGCUUGAGGAGGCAGAGGAGAAAGGGAAGAGAGCAGAGGAAGAGGAGGAAGAAGAUGAGGAGAUGCAGACAAGUGUGUUAAGUGUGUUGGGUGGGGAGAGGGAGCUGGUGGCACUCAGGGAGGAGGAGCAGGACCUCCAGGCUCCAGAAACUCAGGAGCUCCUGGUGUCAGCAGAGGAGCCUUAUGUGGAGAGAGAACCAAGAGAGUUCAGGCACGUGGUUCCCCCAAUGGCCCUGCCUCCUUUGCCUAUCGUCAAGCUUGAUCCCCCCUCCACAACAUCCACCCCAGUCCCUUCGACCACAACAUCUGAAAUAGAGGAGCUGUAUUCCAUUCAGGGUCUCCACCCUCCUUCUAUCCUUGCACCAAUGGCACCAGAGCCUCCAGCAGCGAGUCUUGAGCAGCUACAGUUCUCACAGAUACCACUCACAGACGUGGAUAAACAUUCAGUUAAAGAACCUAAGGUGGCACCGGAGAAGCCGCAGCCACAGCCAACUGCUCCCAAGACCAAACCUCGGCGCUCCACUGAUCUGCUGUACGGGGGAGCUGCAUUAGUAGCAAUUGUGGGAGUGGUGGCAUAUGGCGCAGUGGUGUACUGCAGAAAGUAGAAACCCUUUCUUUGAAUCCCGCAAAGCAACCUUUCAGCACAGUUUUUUUUUUCUUGUUUUAAAAUCUAUUCCAAAUGAAAUAUUCCACUUCACUAUCUGAAUCCUGGAUUUUACUCUCCAGCGCUCGUUGCUAAUUAGAUACACUGAUUUGAUGUUUUGAAUUCGUUUUAUGCUACCUCAGCUCACAGCAGAGCUCAUGGCCUUUGUUUUUCUGUUUGAUCUCUGAGGAAACUUAUACAAUAAAAUGUAACCUGAAGUACAGUAAUCACUUUAAGUACAAUUUUAAAGUUCCUCAUACUUAAAGAGUUC